CUUAGUCUUAUAACCUUUUUUCUCAAUUUUUUGGGAGUUGGAGUUUCUGGCCUCAUCGAAGGCCACAAUGGCAUCCCAUUCCAACGGGGAAGCACAAGGAGACGCAACAGUGGAAGAGGUGUUACGAGUUGGCGAGGAGGAGAGCGAGACAAUGGCUGCAAACAUCCCAGGGCUGAUAGCUGUCGCUGUGUUUUAUGUGAUCAUUCUGGCAACUGGAAUAUGGGCAUCUCGAAAGUCCAAGCAAGAGGAGAAGAGAAGCACUGGGACUGCGACAGAAGUAACCCUGGUUGCUGGUCGGAAUAUAAAUCUCUUUGUGGGAAUUUUCACAAUGACGGCUACAUGGGUUGGAGGAGGAUAUAUUCUGGGCACUGCUGCAACUGCCUACAACCCUACAAAAGGCUUGUUUUGGGCUUUAAUGCCUUUGGAAUAUUUUAUUAAUUUUUCUGUGGCUGGUCUUUUCUUUGCCAAACGCAUGAGGAGUAAGGAGUAUGUAACUAUGAUGGAUCCCCUCCAGCUGAAGUAUGGGGAAAAUCUGACCUGCAUUAUCCUGAUUCCUGCUGUGAUUUCUGAAAUCCUAUGGGUAGCAUGCAUCAUGGCAAGUUUAGGAGGAACCAUGAGCGUCAUUCUGGAUAUAUCGUCUUUCUACUCUAUCUGCAUCUCAGCUGCUGUGGCAAUAAUAUAUACGCUUCUCGGUGGAAUGUUCUCUGUGGCCUACACUGAUGUCAUACAGUUGGCCUUCAUCUUUAUUAGUUUGUGGCUGUGCGUUCCUUUCCUGAUAAUGAAUCCAGCCUCCGCUGACAUCACACUCACAGCAUUCAAUGGGACCUUCCAAGCUCCUUGGGUGGGAACACUAGACCCAGAGGAUUUGGGGCUGUGGAUAGAUGAUUUUCUGGUUCUGAGUCUAGGAGGUCUGGCUUCUCAAGGUGUACAUCAGAGAAUUCUCUCAGCAGCAUCAUCCAAAGAGGCCCAAGUCAUAUGUUUUGCUGCAGCAGGAUUUUGUUUUAUCCUGGGCAUUCCUUCAGUGCUUCUUGGAGCAGUAGCUGCAUCAACAGACUGGAACAUGACCAGUUAUGGUUCUCCCUCCCCUUAUGAACGUGGUGAAGCUACUAAAAUUCUCCCAAUCGCUCUGCAGCACCUUACUCCCAAGUACGUCUCCAUCUUGGGGAUUGGGGCUGUAGCAGCAGCAGUGAUGUCAUCCAUAGACUCUUUUCUCCUCUCCUCUGCUUCCUUAUUUACCAAUAACUUCUACAAGUCCUUGCUUAGAAAGAAGGCUUCCGACAGAGAGCUGCAGUGGGUGAUCAAGAUCUCAGUGAUGGUAGCUGGACUGGUAGGAAUGGGGCUAGCCUUCUUAGGGAACAAUGUUCUGACCUUCUGGUUCUUGGGUACUGAUGUGAUGUACACCCUGGUUUUGCCUCAGUUCAUCUGCGUUCUCUUCUUCCCCAUCACCAAUGGUUACGGUGCUUUGGGGGGUUGCAUCCUAGGCGUGAUGCUGAGAGUGCUGAGUGGGGAACCCCUCCUCCACUUCAAUCCUGUCAUCCACUUCCCCGGCUGCAGGCUAAUCGACGGCAUCUAUGUCCAGUACUUCCCCUGUCGGACACUAGCGAUGCUGGUGUCCCUGUGUGCUAACAUUCUGAUUUCCUAUGUGACAUCUCUGCUGUUUGAAAAAAGACUCCUGCCAAAGAGGUGGGAUGUACUGCAAGUCAGGACCCACAGUACACCCAGUAGAGCUGAUGAAAAAUCAAAUGUUAACAACAACCUGCCUGGAGUUUCUGAUCAACUGCUUGACACAACUUGUUAGAUUCCAAGUAAAAUGAUUUACUUCAGGUCAGAGGAGGAUACAUGGUUCACUGCUUUGUGUUUAUUGUAUUGGGACUAUAUUUAACAAAUAGGAUACAUUUUGAUAAAAUAAUUGAUAGCUGAAUUCUGAUUAUUAUCUAUGGGAUACAUAUCUAUGGGAACUGUGGGAAUCUAAAUAAGGUUGCUUUCUUUUUUAUGUACUUGCCUCCAAUUAUUCCAAUAAUUUUCUUUGGUUGAUUUUGACUGUUUAAGAUUAGGGAAAAUAGUAAUGAUCAUGCCAAUCAGCUAGAUACUUUACAAUGCUGGUAUAAUUGGAAAACUGUUUGCUGCAAGAACAAAU